CGCCUCUUACCGCGGUGACGUCAUCAGAGUGCGCGGAAGCGGGGAAAGAAGGCUAAUUCGAAAUAGCGACGAAAUAAAACUCGGAAGAUGUUCAGUGUAUCGAAUUAAAUCGAGGAAAAAAAGAAACAACACUAGUGCAUGCAGACCUCCUGAUGCACUUCAUGUUUUAAUCAUACAGUGUUUGUGAUUCCAGAAAAGAUGGCAGCUGCUACUAAAACCCCUCCCGGCGCUGACCCCAAGCAGCUGGAGCGCACCGGGACAGUCCGUGAGAUCGGCUCUCAGGCCGUGUGGUCUCUGUCUUCCUGCAAACCUGGGUUUGGAGUGGACCAGCUGAGGGACGAUAAUCUGGAGACGUACUGGCAGUCAGACGGCUCUCAGCCUCACCUCGUCAACAUCCAGUUCAGGAGGAAGACUACAGUGAAGAUGCUCUGCAUUUACGCCGAUUAUAAAUCGGACGAGAGCUACACUCCCAGCAAGAUCUCAGUUCGAGUCGGGAACAACUUCCACAACUUGCUGGAGAUCCGGCAGUUGGAGAUGGUGGAGCCGAGCGGUUGGAUCCACAUUCCCCUCCUGGACCUGGUAAACAACCCCAUCAGGACGUUCAUGAUCCAGAUCGCGGUUCUGGCCAACCACCAGAACGGCCGUGACACGCACAUGCGCCAGAUUAAAGUGUACACACCCGUGGAGGAGAGCUCCAUCGGUAAAUUCCCACGAUGCACCACUGUCGACUUCAUGAUGUACCGCACCAUCAGGUGACCGCGUCCGAUCUCCAUCCGAACAACAAGCCGCGACACUUCGCGCCGAUACCUGCGUCAUCACCCCGACUGUUCUCAUUAAACGGGGAUUUGAAAUAAGAAAAACAAUUAACCCAGACUUUUGUGUUAACCUGAAACGUCUUUGCUGUGACGUGUUUUCUGAAUGUUUGCUGUACAGAUAAUAAAGUUGUUUUUUGUUUCUAUAAAAAAAAUACAAAAUUU